UCGGACACUGUCGCCAAUUAUCGGGGAGGUUCUCGGCCUCGUUUGCGAAUGGACGACAGGUGGAUACGAUAGCCGACAGCUGCACUAUGGAUUCGGGGAACCAAUCUCAACUUCUCAAGACAGUGUUUGUUUUGCUCGCCACUGAUAUUAACAUAUUAACUAUAUUUAGUUUGAUUAUUUCCAGCGAACUCUUGCAUGCGCACAGUGAAGAAGCCUUCCGACUACAGCGCCCAAUUUACGUUGACCGGCUCCUUAUUGUGGCCAUAGUUAAUAUAGUAUACUGAUUACGUGAAUAGAAUAGGAUGGCGGCUGGCGCCUCGGAGGCGACACAACAUGUGUUGCGCUGCCUGCACACAUUAGUUUAUUCAAUUGACACAGAUGCGCGGAAUACCUCGGAGCAGCAACUUCAGGCAGCAAUUGGCCACGAGGGCUAUACGUCGCUGCUCGCCACGCUGAGCACGGAUGGCCGAAUAUCAGACGACCUGGGCGUGCGCCAGCUAGCAGCCGUGAUCUUGAAGCAGGUCAUAAAGAAGCACUGGUCGGCGGAGGCACCAAAAUUCGAGGCGCCGGAGCUGUCCGCCAACGAGCGGGCCCACAUCAAAGCUGUGCUGCCCGCUGGCCUGGCGCAAGAGAGCUCAAAGCUCCGGACAGCAGUCGCGAUGUGCAUCGCGGCCAUCGCGAAGAGCGACCCGGACGGCUGGUCGGGGCUGGUGGAGAAUCUAGUCGGCGCCAUUCACACCCAGCGCGCCACCAACAAGGCACUCGUGCAUGGCGCUAUCCGCUGCCUGGCGCUCCUCAGCGAUGACAUAGACGAGCAGCAGCUGCCGCAGGUUGCCCAGGCGCUGCUGCCGGAGCUGCUGGCUGUUGCCUCGGACGCCUCGCCGGGCACUGAGGAGCUGCGCGCGGCGGCGCUGUCCAUCCUGUGCGACCUGCUCAAGAGCCUGGGCGUCAUGGCGGGCGUGUACCAGCGCCAGGUUCGCGACCUGCUGGUUCCGCUGGUGGAGCCGUGGCUGCCGCUGCUGUGCGCGCAGGUGGCGGCGCCGCUGGACGUGGAGGACGCUGCCAGCUGGUCUACCCGCAUGCUGUGCCUGCGCUGCCUGACGCAGCUGGUGUCGUUCUUCAGCAAGCCGCUGCAGGCGCACAUGCAGAGCAUCAUGGGCGCGUGCUGGCGCAUGUACACACAGUCCCUGCCCCUGUACACGACGCACCUGGUGCUUACGCCCGCGGAGGGCGGCCAGGCGCCCGACCCCACCGAGGACCCGGCCGGCGCCUCCGCAGCUGCUGCUACUGCCACCACCCCCGGCAGUGCUACAGCCGCUGCUACAGCCGCUGCUGCUGCUGCUACUGCCGACGGCGGCGGCGCUGCGGUGGACGCGGAGGGAAAUACGCUGGACCCGGAGUCGCUGUUGGCGCAGCUGUUUGAACUGCUGAUGGCGCUGGUGGGACUGCACAGGUAUGCCAAGCUCAUAAAGCCGGCACUGCCCGAGAUGGCGCACCUGGCUGUGGCGUACAUGCAGAUGACCAGCCGCCAGGCCGCCGACUGGGCCGCCGACGCCGCCGCCUACGUGGCGGACGAGGAUGACUCCAUGUUCACGGUGCGAGUCAGCGGAGAGCUGCUGGCGGACAGCCUCAUGCAGGCGUUCGGGCUGGACGCAGCGGGGGCGCUGAUGGAUGCUGUGGAGCGCCGCGCGGCGGAGGCGGCGGCGGCACGCGCGGCGGGGCAGGCGGGAUGGUGGAAGCUGCGAGAAGCUGCGCUGCUGGCGGCCGGCUGCUGCGCCGCCUCCUUCCCCGGCGGGCUGCCCGGCGAAGACGGCGGCGGCGGCAUGGGCGGCAUGGGGGGAGGCGGCGGCGGCGGCGCGCGGCAGCGGGCGGCGGCGGGUGCGCUGGUGGCUCGGCUGCAGCGGCUGAUGGAUGAGGUGGUGGCGCUGGACCUAAGGGCCGGCGCCUGCAACCCCCUGCUAGUGGGUCGCGCCCUGUGGCUGGCCGCCCGCCUGCAGCCGCUGCUGCGGCCCGACCAGCGGCCGGCGCUGCUGCAGGCGGCGGCGGCCGGGCUCAACAGCACCCUGCCGCCGCCCGUCAAGAUUGGCGCCUGCCGUGCGCUGGCCAGUCUGGUGGGGCGCGUGCCGCCGGCGGUGCUGAGCGGCCCGGGGCCGCAAGGCGCGGGCAGCCCCGGCGGCGCCUGCCUGUCCGACUGCCUGUACGGCGGCUGUGUGGCUCUGCUGGCUGUGUCGGGCGAGGACAGCCUCAACCUGGUGCUAGAGAGCCUGGUGCCGCUGAUCAAGGCUGACCCCGCCGCCGCCGCCCGCGCGCUGCCGGCCCUGGCGCCGCCCGUGCUGGCGGUGUGGAGCCGCCACGUGUCAGACCCCCUCAUCGCCGAGUCAGCGCUGGAGGUGCUGGCGGCGUUGGCGAGAGUGCCGGCCUGCCUGGGGCCGCUGGCGGCGCAGGCGCUGCCGGUGCUGGCGGGGGUGGUGAGGGCGCCGGCGGAGCAGCCCGACGGCCUGGUGGCUGCCUGCCUGGGCCUGCUGGCCCGGCUGGUGCGGCCAGGACGGCGCGAGGUGGUGGCGGCGGCGGCGGGCGCCGUCACCGGCCCACUGCUGGCGCUGCUGCCGGGCGGCGCGUGGGCGGCGGCGGACGACAGCAGUGGCGGUCUGGCACACGCUGCCACGGAGCUGCUGGUAGAGCUGCUGCGCGCGGGGCGGGAGGAGACGCUGGUGUGGGCGGCACCGUCGCUGCCGCCGGCGCCAGGCGCGGCCGCGACGGGCGGCGCGGCGGCGGGCGGCGCGGCGGCGGAGUCUCCCGCCGCCGCUGCUGACCGGGUGUGGGCGGCGCUGCUGGGUUCGUGCCACCGGCUGCUGGACCCCCGGGCGGACGAGUACACCACGGCGCUGGCAGGCGACCUGGCCUAUGCGCUGGUGUCCUGCCUGCCCUCCCGCGCCGCGCAGCAGCCCGCGCUGGGCGCCCUGCUGGGAGCCUGCGCCGCCAAACUGGCGGCCAGCAACCUCAGCCCGCUGGUGGGCGGGCUGAUCACCGCCCUGAGCGCCAUGGCAGUGGCGGGCGGCGCGGCGGGCUGGGUGGACGCGCUGGCGGGCCUGCAGCUGGCGCUGCCCGCCGCCGGCACCAGCGGGGCAGCGGCUGCAGCGGGGGCAAAUGGGGCAGCGGGGGCGGCGGGGGCGGCAGAUGGGCAAGCCGCCUCCUCCGCCGCCACCACCCCCACCACCACCACCGUCAGUGCGCUGCAGGCAGUGCUGCCGAUCAUGCUUGAGCGACAGGGCUGUGUGCGCGGGCGGCUGGCCUCCAAGACCGCCUGCCUGGCGCUGUUGGAGCUGUUGGGCAGCCGCCACCCACUGCUGGGGGCAGUCAUGGUGCGGGGCCGGCGGCAGGACCUGUCCGGCGGCGUCAGGACGCGGAAGCAGGCGGCGGCGGCGGGCGGCGAGCAGUGGACGCAGGUCCCGGCGGCCGUGAAGAUGGUGGCGGUGGUGGCCGAGCUGCUGGUGGAGCAGCCCUGGGCGCAGGGCGGCGAUGACGGUUCCUUUGCUGGCGAGGACGACGACGACGAGGACGGAUCCUUCUUUGCUGAUGAUGAGGAGGAGGAUGACGAGGACGAUGAGGAGGGCAGCGAGGAGGCCGCGGAGGAUGCAGACCUGCAGAGCGCCACUGCGCUGAGCCUGUCGGGCAAGGGGAUAAAUCAGCAGGAGCAAGCGCACAUGGACGCGCACAUAAACCGCAGCCGCACGCCCGCAGCCGACUCAGCGCUGGUCACCGGCGGCGCAGCCGACCCGUCCGGCGGCGCCGCCUCCGCCUCAGCUGCCGCCGCCGCCGCCGCGGGAGCCGCGUGUGAGGGCGGCCCUCGUGACCCCAUCGCGGACCUGGACCUGCGGGUGGCAGCGGCCAACACGCUGCGCGCUCUGAGGUCGGGUGCCGACACGGCGCCGCUGCUGGCCCUAGCGAUGGAGCUGCUGCCGCCGCGGCGGCAGCAGCAGGUGGCGGAGGCGCUGCAGGCGUAGCGCGGCCGGGGUGGCGUGGGUGGGGUGUGGGUGUGGGGGCAUGGCUGUGGGUGUGGCGGUGGGUGUGGCGGCGUGGCAGGGCGGCGGCGCCAUGACGGCGUGACGUGCGUGGCGGCGACCUGGGUUGGAGAUUGCGACGGAAGGGGUGCGUGUGCGUACGGUAUGUGUGCUGUGUGUUAAAGAGCACAAGGAAAACAUUGCGCAAAGACAGUGUGCUGUGUGUGUACUGUAUGACCUGCACAUUGCUGCUCGGAAGCUGUUGUUGCACGGAUUAGGCUGGGGUUAUGCCCGUGUCAGUCGGCUGUGCUUCCGUACCAGUACCUGUUUGGCUGUUCAGUUUUUGGCGUACUCUGAAGUCUGCUGGCUCCCACGCUGACGUUGCGUGUGCAAGUAUGUUGGCCUGGGCAAGACAGUUGCCUGACGGGCCAUGUGUACGUGGAUUGGGUGCGGCACUGCUGGGUUUUGCGUGUGUGUCGAUGGGUUGCGGUUGAUGUACAGUGUACAUGAAAGAUACGAGCACUGAGGCAGGCGCUGAGAGAAUGCGGAGCGGACGGAGGGCGGUCUGAAGGCACAGCUAGCACGGCUGGCUGCUAUCAGGGUAGCAGUUGAGGUGUCUCAAUUGAUGGCAGGGGUAGGCAACCGGGCGGGGCGUUUGUGUGCGGAGCCACUUGACCUGCAUGACUCGGCGGGUCUCCGGAGGUGAUGGCGGAGGACAGAGUUGAAGAUAGAAGGUAGGUACGGUUAGUGCUGAAGGGCCCGGCGAGCCCCCAGUUGACACCGAGCGAGUGGGGUUUCGCCGAAUGCGAACUAGACGAGGCCCCCUUUUAUCGACGAUCCUUUUAACAAUAACAAUGCGGUACCGCCCCCUGGUUGCCAUUACUUUUAACGGCCUGUAGCAGACACAUCUAGCGGGCCCUCUCGCUAACGUGGAGUAAGUGCAAGAGGCCUUGAGUCAGGUAAGUCAGUGCUGAAUUGUACGACUGCCGUCGGCGCAAGCAUCGAUUGUGGCACCGUGUUGACUGUUGAGCAUCCUUGAUUGGAUACCAGAUGGCUAACCUGCGAUCAAACAGACAUAGACAGACCUGACAGACACACCUGCAAACUCAUCGUAUCACGGCACCUGCCCGGACCAAUCUUGCCUUGACGCAGCAAAUUGCAUGUUGGGCUGGGAAUACGCUGCACACGACGUAACCCUGCCCCUUGCCCAUGCUAUACCCGGGCCGACGCUGACGGUUUGCGGUAUCAGAGCACGGUCAUCAUGCACGUGGAUAUCCCGCGCCUUAAGAAGCCAGUUGCAGCAUUGGAUGGUAGGCGGGGCCGGCCAGAGCGCUGUGCGUGAUCGGUGACAAGCUGAACUGCGACGCAGCGACGGCACGCAGUCCAGCGGCAUGUCUGUCCUGAAAGCGUAAGGGCAGCAGUGUUGUAUGUCCGCAACGUGCCUUUGUAACACCAUGGCCAA